AUGGCGGAAUCCAGCAACCUCAAGAACGAGGCUCGACGGAGCGAGGAGGGCCACGGCCUCCUCAACGGCGAUGAGAAGCGAAUCGAAGAGAGCUACGAUCUCGAGGCCAACAGCACUGCCGCCACCGAACAACAGGCCAACGCCGACAGAGUCCGCAACCCCGUCGAAUACACCAUCUCACCUCAGGUCAAGUUUGGCUGGUUGAGCGCCUAUUUCAUGUUCAGCUUGGUUUUGACCCUCUACAACAAGUUGAUUCUCGGAGCGUUCCCCUUCCCGUGGCUUCUCACCUCACUUCACGCCACGUGCGCGAGUUUGGGUUGCUACUGCUUGCUCCAAUGUGGCUACUUCACCAUGUCCCAUCUGGGACGCCGCGAAAACCUCAUUCUCCUCGCCUUCAGCUUGCUCUUCACCACCAACAUUGCCGUGUCUAACCUGUCACUUGCCAUGGUCUCCGUGCCAUUCUACCAGGUCCUCCGAACUACCGUCCCCGUGUUCACGGUUCUCAUCUACCGCGUUGUCUUUGGUCGCACUUAUGAGAACAUGACCUACCUGACGCUGGUUCCCAUCAUGAUUGGUGCUGCUCUGACCACCAUUGGCGAGUACACUUUCACCGACCUGGGUUUCCUGCUCACCUUUGCGGGCGUGUUGCUUGCUGCGGUCAAGACCGUCGCUACCAACCGCAUUAUGACCGGCCCCCUGGCCCUCCCCGCUAUGGAGGUCCUGCUGCGCAUGUCGCCCUUUGCGGCUAUGCAGUCUUUGGCCUGCGCCAUCGCCGCCGGCGAGCUCGGAAAUCUCAACACCAUGCGUGUGGAGGGCAACAUCAGUCUCGCCACCGUUAUCGCUCUUCUCGGAAACGGCAUUCUCGCUUUCGCCCUCAACGUUGCCUCUUUCCAGACGAACAAGGUCGCCGGUGCUCUGACGAUGAGCAUCUGCGGUAACCUGAAGCAGUGCCUGACGGUUGGCCUCGGCAUUAUCGCCUUUGGCGUCGAAGUCCACCUCUUCAACGGCUCCGGCAUGAUUCUCACCAUGAUUGGUGCCGGAUGGUACAGCAAGGUCGAGCUCGACCGUAGAGCCCGCAAAUAA